GGUCAACAAAAGUUUGCUUAGCGAGUAAGGAGUUGACUGACACGUAAGACUGUGUUCAAUUGCCACAAUUGAUUAGAAGACAUAAGUCCUACGUUUGGAAGAAUCGAGAUUGAACAAAUAAUAUUUAAACCCUAAGUUAUCGUUGCAUUCUUCAGAUUCAGAGACAGAGCCAUCACUUCGAUCAUCUAUCAUUAUUUCGUACUUUUUGCUGUUCCAAUUUAAUCAUGUCCAAGCCUUCCUACAAGACUAAACAUUCUUUCGAGAGAAGGCAGGCUGAAUAUAAUCGCAUCAGAGAGAAGUUUUCGGAUAGAGUACCUGUGAUUGUGGAGAAAGCUGAGAGAAGUGACAUUGCUGACAUUGAUAAGAAGAAGUAUCUUGUCCCAGGCGACCUGUCUGUUGCCAAAUUUCUUUUUGUUGUCCGCCAUAGAAUAAGGCUCAGUGAAGACAAGGAUAUUUUUGGUUUCGUCCAUAACAAUCAAUCUCCUGUUGUUGCAUCUGCUCUGAUGUCUUCUCUUUAUGAAGAACAUAAAGAUGAGGAUGGUUUUCUUUACAUGACAUACAAUGAAGAGAAACCUUUGGAUAACUAGGCAUAAUUUGCGAUAACCUUAAAGGAAAUAGCUCCCUUCUCGGCAGUCCAUUGUCAAAUACAUGUGAAAACGCGUAUUCUGAUCCUGCAAUUUUUAUCUUUUUUGUUAUCUUCAAGUUAUGAAAUUUGGUUACGAAAAAUUGUGUUUUCAAGACUUCUGCACAACGAAUCAGUCUAAAACUCGAUGUAAUCAUUACUUGAUCAAAAUAAUAUCUUAUAUUUCCAAAA